AUGUCGACUAAAUCACCGUUCUUUCCCAACAAUAACCCUAUCACCGACACCAACCAAACGUCUCCGGUGUUGAUCACUGUCCAAGCCCAGGAUAAACCCACGUUGGACAAACUCCAUCUGCUAGUCAACUGCGAUGGGAAUGACAAGGUCUCUUUGGUGGAAAAUGACCCCACCAGCUUCACAAUCCGGUACGAGAACCAAGAAUUGGCGGAAUCGGUCGACUGCAAACUAUCGACCGUCAUCACUUCCGAGAACCUUGAUGCCUCAGUAUCGUUGGUUUAUGAUACUUUAUCCCAUCCAGGAAAUAUCUACGUCAAAGGAUUGCAUCCUACAACGUCGACCACCGAUUUACACAAACUCUUCACCUCAUUUGGCACCCUUGUCGCCUGCAAAAUCGUCACCGAUCCUUCCACCGGAGUGUCCAAGGGGUUUGGAUUUGUCAAUUUCGCUAACGGAUCAGCAGCCAAACUGGCAAUUGCCAAAUUGAACGGAACUGAAUGGAAAAACCAAACAUUAUAUUUGAACCGACACAUUUCCAAAAAAGAACGAUUGGCAAGACUAAAGCUCGAACAAGAGAAUUUCAAGAAUUUGUACGUGAAAAACUUACCAUUGGACGUCACUGAAGAACAGAUCUUGGAAUUAUUUAGACCUUUUGGAGAAAUUGAUUCAUACUUCUUACCAAAAGUUGGUGAUGAUGAAGGAGAGUCAGAACUAAGAAAAGAAGAGAAAAAAGAUGAAGGAGAAGGAGAAGGAAAAGAAAAAAAACAGGAAGACUCCCAUCCUAUUGACACUCCCAACAGUGACAAUCUUAGAGGAUACGGAUUCAUAAAGUUUACAGAUCAUCAAGCAGCAAUCGAUGCUCUAUCAAAGCUCAACGAUUUUGAUUUUCAUAACCAUAGAUUACAAAUUUCCAGAGCUCAACGUCGUGAGGAACGUAACAUGCAAGACCGCCAUCACCACAACCAUCGUCACCACCAUCACCAUGAAUAUAAUCAUCAUCAAAAACCCCUGAACCAUAAAAGUGGCAGUGGUAAUGGCUACGGUAGUCGUCGGGAUUCGGGAUACGGGUUUCAAAAUUUCUUCAAUUAUGGUGGGUAUUAUCCUGGCCAAAGAAAUCUCGGGUAUCAAAACUAUGGCAACCCCAUGUUCGCCAACAACAAUAAAAUCAAUCAGACGGGGCUUAACAAUAACAAAAACAGUAAUAAUAAUGGAUUUUUUGGGUAUCAAAAUAGAAAUAAUAUGUUUCCCCCACCGUCAAUGGUCCCAGUAGACCCAAUGAUGAUGGUACCAUCACCUUUCAUCAACAAUUCUGGAUUUGGUAAUGGUCAUUUGAAUCGCUCAAACAACUGUCAAACUGGUGUCGUCGAUCCCUUACAAUCUCCAAAUGGAUUUAUCCCUCCGAUAACCCAAAAACAACAUUUGGCCAAUGGAUACUACAAGUUGAACUAUCAUAAUCGGAACUCUAGUGUGGGUUCUAAUUACGAUCUGACCCCGGAGAUGGAAAAAUUCAAUGAUCAUAGUCAUCAACCUCCUUUCCCAAUGAUGGAUUAUAAUAUGAUGAAUUACAACGCAAUGAUGAUGAUGUCGAUGAUGCAUCCCAUGAUGUAUCCAGGUGGAGGUGAAAGAGGAAUGAUGUAUAAUGAUCCUGAUACUUAUCCUGGGCAAUUACUCAACAACAACGAGGCAUUGUAUUCAGAUCGAUCGGAUUCCAAUGAGUCGGGAUCAAGGUUCGGUUACGAAGAUAAUACAACGCCAAAUUCUCCCACCACAAUACCUACCAGGGCCUCGGUGGGGUUAGAUCAUGGGUAUUAUAAUGAAUAUCAUGAUGAUAUUGAUAUUUCUCGAUUAGACUCAUCGAGCUCGAAAAGCUCCCCAGGAGUGGGGGAUAGUAAGAUGUAUCAUCAGAUAAAUGCCGCGGAAAUCGCCAAAUCUUCGGGGAAAGGGAAUACGAAUCACAAUGGGCACCACAAUAAUAAUUACUAUUAUAAUAAUAUUAAUAACAAUAUUACGCACAACUCCAACGGGCUCAACAAUUACCCAUCGGAAAUGUCGGGGGGACGAAACGGGUAUGGAGGAUACACAUUAUAUGGAGGAGGAAAUAAAAAUUAUUACAGUAAUCACGGCAAUUUCAGCAAAAAUAAACAAAAGCAAGGAGACAUUACGAAACAUGAUCUGAAGCUCGAUAAAGCAAAACGCCUGGAGGAUGUCAAUGAAGAAGAAAUCAAUGAGUCUCAAGUGAAUGCGAUUUUACUGAACUUGCCAGCGUCGCUUGCCUCGAUCGAUCCCGGUGAUCGGAUCAAAAGAUUGGAAUUGGUAUUAUCGUUUCUUCAUCCGAAAACUGUGAAGGAAAUCAAACGGUAUGCUGCUGAGCAAGCAGAAACGGGAAAUGGAAUCCUUUUGAAAAAGAUUCAAGCGAUCACUGAUGAUUCAGAGUGGAAGAAUUUGGCGAUCUUGGUAUUUGAAGAUUACCGAUCGCAGAAACUUGUUGAUUCUAAGGAAAUCACCAGGGAAAUUGAUAUUGAAAUUGUGAGGGAAUGGGAGACCCAUGAUGAUGAAUUGGUGAAGAAUUUGAGAAUGGCGAUUGAAAAAUGGUGA